AUGACAAGCCCUGAAUUCACAAGCCCUUUGAGAAAGUACAAGUUGGUGUUCCUUGGCGAGCAAAGUGUUGGCAAGACAUCGCUCAUUACGAGAUUCAUGUAUGACUCUUUUGAUAACACGUACCAGGCAACUAUCGGUAUCGACUUUUUGUCAAAGACCAUGUAUUUGGAGGACAAGACUGUUCGCUUGCAGCUAUGGGAUACAGCUGGCCAGGAACGCUUCCGUAGCUUGAUUCCGAGUUACAUUAGGGACUCAUCUGUGGCAGUGAUUGUUUACGAUAUCUCAAACCGUGAAUCAUUUGUGAAUACUACACGAUGGAUUGAUGAUGUACGAGCUGAGCGUGGUGAUCAAGUUAUUGUUGUGCUUGUGGGCAACAAGACGGAUUUGAAUGAAAAACGUGAGGUGACGACCGAGGAAGGCGAACGACGUGCCAAAGAGUUGAAUGUCAUGUUUAUUGAAACGAGCGCUAAAGCUGGCCACAAUGUCAAACCUCUCUUUAGAAAGAUUGCACAAAACUUGCCUGGUAUUGAUUCACAUGGCAACGAGCAAAAGGAUCAGAUGCAAAAGGUCAAUUUGAGCUCAAGCAAUGCAGAGUCCUCUGCUUGUGCAUGCUAA